AUGAAAGAUAUUCAGCAUCAGCUUUUCCACCUUACCCUGGGUGGGAAAUUGCACCUGUCUCCUUUGUCAGACAAUGUCACCUCUGUCCUCGAUAUAGCGACAGCAGACGCAACUUGGGCCCUUGCCUUCGCCGAAAAAAAUCCAACUGUAUCCAUCAUAGCUAACAGCUCAACCAUAAUGGACAAAACGGGGCUACCAGCAAAUAUUACCCCCGACACCACCGAUGCAAACAAACCCUGGCCAUACAGCCAGAGGUUCGACUACAUCCACUGCCGCCAAAAUCACCGCAGAGUCGAGGAACGCGGCCUUUUCGCCCAAUCUCUUGAGUUUCUUAAUGCCGGGGGAUGGCUUGAAAUGCAGGAACUCGGCAACCCUCCCACCUGCGAUGACGGCACCCUCACAGAGGACAAUCCACUCUCCAAGUGGGGCAGAUUACUGGUCGAGGUGUCAGAGAAGAUGAAUCGUCCAACAGAUAAUCCCACAAAGUAUGAAGCCUGGAUGAAGGAAGCAGGCUUCAUCAAUUGUCAGACUGUCGUGCAUAAAUGGCCAACUAACCCGUGGCCCGAGGAUGAGGAGGGGAAACUAAAGGGGCAGUGGAACUCGUACAAUGUUCUCCAGCGGUUUGAAGAGUUUUCGACUGCGCUGAUGGUCAAGGGUCUAGGGUGGAAUCCUGAGGAUGCAAGAGUCUUCCUUGUUUCUGUGCGCGAGCAGUUGCAAAAUCCAGAUGUUCAUGCGUACUGGCCUGUAUACUUUGUUUACGGUCAAAAGCCACCGACUGGCUAA